GACAGAAAGAUCAGACUGAGGACAGAAACACACCAGCUCUGAGAAAUGGCUCAAGAUCUGUAUUUCCCUCUUCUCCUCAUUGCUCUCUGCUCCAUAUCUGAAUGUGUUCAGCGUCAGUAUCACUUUAUAAAUGAGAACAAAACCUGGACUGAAGCUCAGAAAUACUGCAGAGAGAAAUACACAGAUCUGGCCACCGUUGACAACAUGAACGACAUGAUCCAGCUAAACAAGAGUGUGAAUGGAGUUGACCAGUUUGUCUGGAUUGGUCUUCAGAGGACGAGUGUUUAUAAUUGGCAUUGGUCUUCAGGUGAUCCCUUUUUUAACAGAAAUCCUGGACAAUACAGCAAUAAUAAUUGUGGUAAAAUAAAACAUGGACAAUGGUUUGCUGAAGCAUGUAGUGACACCCAUUUAUUCAUCUGCUACAAUAUGAGCAGAGGACUGGUAUUUGUUAAUCAGACGAUGAACUGGAGAGACGCUCAGAGUUACUGCAGACAGAAUCACAUUGAUCUGGUCAGUGUGAGGAACCAGAAUGAGAGUCAAGAGCUGGAGAAGUUCAUUAAUGACACAAUCUCAUUUGGAUCUGAAGUCUGGAUCGGUCUGUUCAGAGACCCAUGGCAGUGGUCAGAUCAGAGCAACUCCUCAUUCAGAUACUGGGCAGAUAAUUUUAAAGAUUUUGCAUACUGUGCAGCGAUUCAGCCAAACACACACGGACAAUAGGGUGACUACAAUUGUGUUUCCCACCUGUAUCCUUUCGUAUGUCAUGAAGAUAAACUGAUUGUGAUCCAGCAGAAUCUGUCGUGGUCUGAAGCUCUGAGAUACUGCAGACAGCAUCAUGUGGAUCUGGUCUCGGUUCAGUCAGUGGAGAUGCAGUGUCGUGUGAUGAACGUGGUUAAACUGGCGUCUACUGAGGCGGUGUGGUUGGGUUUACGUCACUCCUGCGCUUUGGGCAUCUGGUUCUGGGUGAGUGGAGAGACCGUGUGCUAUCAGAACUGGGCUCCAGGGAACGGCACAUCAGAGGAGGACUGUGAGCCCACAGUGAGAUCUGGAGCAGUUCAGUCUGGAGGAGAUCAGACCUGGAUCAGCCGUCCUGAAACUGACCGACGCAACUUCAUCUGCAGAAACUACUGAGAGUGAAGAAGUAAGAUGACGUAUGUGAAAAUUGUUUACUGAAGUAAUAGUUUUACAAAAAAUAUUCAACUUCAGUAGGCAUUAACGCAUUAUGAUAGUGAUGAGCAUAUUUGAAGCACAUUUUUUGGGCUUUUAUAAUCUUUCUAAAUCUGCACUCUAAAAAAGCAGAGUUAUCUCAACUCAAAUUGGGUAAAAUAUAGAGAAACCCAAAUGUUGGUUCUAUAAAUUACAUUUAAAAAAAAAACAGCAAUUAGUUUUGUCCACAUUUUACUCAUAUGUGGACUUAAAAACAUUUUUAGUGUAUUGUGGUUUCAUUAAACGGAUAGUCGUGUGAUUUCAUAUGAAGCUUUAAUACUUCAUAUGUUAUGAAAAAUGAUUAUAAAUUUCAGUGCUUUGUUAUUUGUGAGUGAAGCUUCUGUGAACCCGUGUCUGUAUAAUGAAUAUCUGGCAUCUGCUCAGUUUUAUACAUGUGUUUUCUGAAUUUCUUGUGUUUUAUAUGUCCCUGUAUAAUGGCUAUAGGCAUGAUGGUAAUUCCUUUUCACCUAUAGAGUUGUCUUUAUUAUUUUUAUCAUGUCUUUAUAUGAUUUAUAUAGAUUUAUAUUAAAAUGACUGGUUUGAAUGUGAAUCACUGAGCAUUAUUUACCUCAGUGAAAUUAAAUAAUGGUUACUCUUUAAAAAUAAAGUUGGUUAUUAAAAUAUUUACAAUCCUUUUGUAUCACCAACACCAGCUGAAAUAAACAUGU